CUGUGCUGGAGACAUUUUGGAUUUAAAGGGGCUGAGUUAGCCGUCAGUCCCAGCUCUCGGUUUCCCUGAGCUACAUAAAAGAUGUCGACCAUGGUGUAUCCACGGGAAGAGAAGCUUGAGAAGCUCUCUCAGGAGGAGAUCAUCUCCAACACGAAGCUGGUGAUCCAGGGUCUGGAGGCCCUGAAGAACGAGCACAACUCCAUCCUCCACAGCCUGCUGGAGACCAUCAAGUGCUUAAAGAAGGAUGAAGAGGCCAACCUGGUGCAUGAGAAGUCCAACCUGCUCCGCAAGUCAGUGGAGAUGAUUGAACUGGGCCUGGGAGAAGCACAGGUGAUGAUGGCCCUGUCCAACCACCUGAACGCCGUGGAGUCUGAGAAGCAGAAGCUGCGUGCUCAGGUGAGGAGGCUUUGCCAGGAGAACCAGUGGCUGCGGGACGAGCUGGCUAACACCCAGCAGAAGCUGCAGAAGAGUGAGCAGAAUGUGGCCCAGCUGGAGGAAGAGAAGAAGCACCUGGAGUUCAUGAACCAGCUCAAAAAGUAUGAUGAAGACGUCUCACCCACUCAGGAGGAAAAGGACAGAGAAACACCGAAGGACUCCUUGGAUGACCUCUUCCCCAAUGAUGAGGAGGAGCAUGGCCAAGGAAUGCAGCACCAACACAACAGUGCGGCCGUGGCUGCAGCCCAGCAGGGAGGCUACGAGAUCCCAGCUCGUCUGAGAACUCUGCACAAUCUGGUGAUCCAGUAUGCCUCCCAGGGCAGGUACGAGGUAGCCGUGCCCCUCUGCAAGCAAGCUUUGGAGGACCUGGAGAAAACCUCUGGACACGACCACCCUGAUGUGGCCACCAUGCUCAACAUCCUGGCUUUGGUCUAUAGGGAUCAGAACAAAUACAAAGAGGCCGCCCAUCUGCUCAACGAUGCCCUGUCCAUCCGGGAGAAAACCCUGGGCAAAGACCAUCCUGCUGUUGCUGCGACGCUCAACAACUUGGCCGUGCUGUACGGAAAGAGGGGGAAGUACAAGGAGGCCGAACCUCUGUGUAAGAGGGCUCUGGAGAUCAGAGAAAAGGUCCUGGGGAAGGACCAUCCAGAUGUGGCCAAACAGCUGAACAACCUGGCUCUACUGUGCCAGAAUCAGGGCAAGUACGAGGAGGUGGAGUACUACUACUGCCGCGCCCUGGAGAUCUACGAGUCCAGGCUGGGCCCAGAUGAUCCUAAUGUGGCCAAAACCAAGAACAACCUGGCUUCCUGCUUUCUCAAACAGGGGAAAUACAAGGAGGCUGAGAUUCUGUACAAAGAGAUUCUGACUCGUGCUCAUGAGAAAGAGUUUGGAUCUGUUGAUGCUGAAAACAAGCCCAUCUGGAUGCACGCAGAGGAGAGAGAGGAGAUGAGCAAGGGCAAGCACAGAGACAACACACCAUACGGAGAGUACGGCGGCUGGUACAAGGCCUGCAAAGUCAACAGCCCUACAGUGAACACCACUCUGAGGAACCUGGGGGCUCUGUACCGCCGACAGGGCAAACUAGAGGCCGCCGAGACUCUGGAAGAGUGCGCCGUGAGGUCUCGCAAGCAGGGCAUCGACCCCAUUCACCAGACACGUGUGGUGGAGAUCCUGAAAGACGGAGACGGCGAAAGGCGGAGGAGCCGGGACAGCCUGUCCAGCGUUAAGUAUGAGAGCGGCUCUGAGACCGGCGAGGAAGUGAGUAUGGGCGUGGAAUGGAACGGGGCCUAAGCCAUCAAGAUUAUUCCUCCAUCCUUCUCUCCUUCCCUCAACACAAUAGCAAAAGGAUGUGUGUUGUCUGUCCCAACAAAACGAACAGCUCCUCUACCAUUCCCGGUGCCCCCCCACACACCCCUCUUCGGCAGAGAACGCCCCCUCUUCUUCUCCCCUUCGGUUGUCACCUCUGUCCCCCCCCCACUGUUCAACUGACAACUGCUGGGACGUUUGGUCUUCUCAUCUCCGCUCUCUGUAUUUUUCCUGAUUUUUCUCUCUCUCUCUCUUUCUCUCUUUCUGUCACACUCUUUCUCUCCUUUUCCUCUCACUAACCCCCGCGUCCGGACUCUUUCUCUCACUUUAACAUUUAAAAAAAUCAUUGUGUGUGUAAUCUCUCCCUGUGAAGAAGUCACUCGCACAUGUUUCCCACUGCGCCCACUUGUAAUUUUUCCAUAAUGUGCAUAGUAGAUUUUAUUUGACUGGAAAGAAGAGCAGGAAAUGUUUUAUCGAAAUUUAUCGGAAGAAGGCGAAAACAGAAAUUGCCGAAAGACGUUUGAGGAUCGGCGGACUCCACCCCAACCCCUCCCGCCAGAUACGAAGUUACUGCUGAGUCAGCAUAUCUUACAAAAAAAAAAAAUCAUUUCUUUCCAUCAGUUGCUCUGCAUUGGUCUCUGCCUUUAUUUGUUGCCUUGAGCACUCACAGCCUGAUUAUACAACAAGUAUACGACUUUAACCCGGUGCCUGUAUUUAGCCAUAUCUUUCUUCUUUUUUUUUAAGAGAAUAACUUUUUUUGUGUGUUUUUUGUUUUUAACUAACCCCUGAGAUGAAAACACCUAAACUGUUAUGAUAAGGUACUGUAUAGUUCACAUGCUUAUCAAAAAGAAGUUAUUCCUACAGCCUGGCUAACGGGAAAUGACAAGGGAGCAUUGCCUUUUUUUUGUUUUGUUUUUAUAGAUAUAUUUCCGAUUCAUUUCAAUUUUGUAUUUAAAUUUGUUUACAUUUAUUUUUUAAAUGCGCUGGACUAUUUAGUGGCUGAAUAUUAAGGCGGUAGUUAUUCAUCCCGAUGUUGCCACGGCAAGCUGCUGUUGCCAUGAUGAUUUAUUUUCAAGUAGCUCUCACCGGCUUCAGUGUCCUUGGUUGGAUAGAGCAUUUGUCACUGGCUCUUGUACACAGCAGCUCACAUUCACAAAGGGAAUUAGCAACAGUGGCUGAUGCUGUGAAGCCAGUAUGACAGCAGAGACCAACCAGAGCAUCUGGCACAGAUAUCAGCCUCCUUUAGUAAUUACAAAAUAUCAACACACUUCAAAUUAAUGGAGGUAUUAAUUUGAGAAUUGCCUUUUUUAAGACGUAUCUGUUGGUGUAGGAGUAGAAGCUAGUGUUAUCAUUCAAUGGAAGCUCGGACUCCGCAGUAGUAUUAGUGUGUGUUUGUGUAUGUUUUGGUGGUACAGUCACAGUGGCCACUCUGGAUACUGUCUUUUGAACACAAAGCUUAAUGGAGUGUGUUGCCUUCUUCUUUUCUUUUUAGUACACAAGUUGUUUGCAAAGUAAACAUUGUCAACUUUUUGGUGAAUCCUGUUUUUAGACGCCCCCAAGUAUACAGUGCGAGUGUUUCCUCAAGAUCAAACUGUUAUUUGAGAUGUGUAACUAACUGAAUGUAAAAAUGACUUUAACAUCUUGGAAGUGUAAUUGUAGGCUGUAUUUCUAGAUUCGACAAGUGCAUUCACUUAUACGGCUUUUUUCGGUAUGCUACUUGCCUUGAUUCUUCAUUCCUUUCAACGAGUACACCUAUACUUCUAAUGCAACUCUCUGAACAAAAGAAUUGACUAUGUUCAUCACAUAAUUAUGACAAUAAUGUUGUGUUAGUGGAAUGCUUAUUUAUUGAACUGUCUAUUCUUGACAUAUAUAUAGUGUGACUUCAGUUUCCUAAAGCGGAAGAACAUAAAUGGUAAGGUCUAUAAGCACUAUCAUAGUAAGUAGGACUGCAUUAUAUUUACCAUUCUGCAUUGUGAAGAUUAUUGCAUCAACACAUGUUGGUAUUCUCAAAUAAAGUUUUUCAUUUGUGAACUUUGUGUUUUCUCUCUGUUGGGUGGAGGCAUUUGUAUUAUUUGGGAUUCUUUGAUGUUUCUGCGGAGCCGCCCAGUGGAACAAAUGUCUAAUUUGUGGCAGCUUCACAUAUACCCACAGCUCCUCCUGCUGGUAAUGAGUCUGCAUUGCAUUAUGGUCUUCCCACUUCAAAUCCUGCAAAAACCAGAGGAAGUUUUACAUACUAUUCUGUUUAAAGUGUCUUAAACACACAUUCACUAUAAUAGCACAUAUGUGGCUGACAGUUCACAUUAUAAGAACGAAUGAAUGGAUGGAUGGAUAAUUCACUGUAACACUGAAAGUCACCUCGACCUAAAGAAAAUCUCUGUUAUUAGAGCGCAUACAAAUUGUUGAAUUGCUUUUUUUCACUGAUUUAGUAUUCAUUUUACCAUACUACUGUACUACUACUAUUACUACAAUCACUGGUAUUACUAUUAUUCUGGCAAUUUAGUAUUGCACAAAGCAGGUCAAAAAAGACACACAUGCUUAAAUUUCCUGACUUUUAAACCCUAGUAAGCUUCAAACUCCCAAAAUCCUUCAUCCUACAUUUCAAAUAAUACAAUUCAUUAUUUUAUUAGACCCUCCAUGCCUCUUUUCAAUACCACACCUUUAGUUUGUAAAGCAGGGUUUUUGCUCAAAAGUUUAAGUCUCAUGCUCAAGCAAACAUAACCUUGAAGACAACAUCACACUUUGGAAGCUGCUUUCAGAGCAACAGAAGAUAUUAUACAGCUUUUCUCACAGUCUGAGUAGUGCACCUGAGAAUAAUGUUGAAAGGUCUGUAUUUUACUUAUCAAUCUUCUGAUCUGUUCACUGAUUUGCAGAGUCAUGCACGCAAGUGCAAAAGUCAUAGUUCAUUGACAUCAAUGUGCACGUUCAGCUCUCUGCACAUAAAUGUAUAAAAGUCUCAAAUGAAGUAUGAGAAAUAAGAUGAGUUGUGAGUUGAUGUGCAGUGAUGGAUAGAUGGACGGGCUGAUGAGUG